AGUUGCUCAUCGACCUGACCCUUUCCUGUGUGAGAAUAAAUGCAUGUACUUAUCACGUGACUUUCAGCAUUACUGGAUCUGUAUAGAGAGCCAGACAUCAUCUCUGAACCUAGACAGUUUCAAGACAGAUAACAUGAAGUUCACUGUGUCUUUGAAUGGACUUCUGCUGAUCUUUCUGCUUCCUCCUUGUACACAAAGUUUGGAUACUGAGACAGUGGACAUUAAAACUCUUGCCCACAUUGUAAACUUCUUUGAGCAAAACUACAAGAGAGUUGAUGAUGAUGGACAUCCACGUCAAUAUGCGACAGCCAUCAAUGUACCAAAGGCUCAAUGUCAAGCGGGCUUUAAUCCUUCACAAAACAACUUUCUGACUCAAGAAAAUGCUAAUAAUGUGAAAAAUGCUAUUGCUGAUGGGUCCAACGCACUUUACCAGGGUGAACAGCUUAUAGCAGCAGGAACUAGACAGAGAAAAAAAUACAAUAUUCAUUCUGAGUCAAUCUUACUGAACCCUGCUAACAACUCACCCAUGAAGAAACUCUUAGAAAAGAAUAAGGAGGACUGCAGUAUAUUUUACACCUAUAAUUCUCCAUGUUUUGGCACGUGCCUUCAUAAGAAAGGCAAAUAUAACAUUCUAAAAGCUCUUGAUUUUUGGAGCAAACAGCCUGGAAUUAAAGCUUUUGUUUUCAGGCAUUUCUGGAAGUUUGACAAAGAAAAUCAUCUAAUUGUAAAUGAUAAAUUUAAGCAAAUUGCGUCUCGUGUGCCCCUCUAUCGUUGUGUAAGUGAGACUGUGUGCUAUGCUUGUAAAGGGGAAGGAGACGCCCCCAUUGAUAAUCACUGUCUCCCACCAAUAACAAACAAGGGACGUGAGUUAUAGUUUAUCUGCCCUGAAAUGAAAAGUGGUGAAAGGGGAGAAACAUUGAAAAAGUUCUCAUAUCUUGUACUGUGCCAAUCCCUAAAAAUAAAGGUGCUUCAAAUGUUAUUCACAACAAUGCCAUAAAAGAACAAGUGUUUUUUAAAGAACCAUUUCUUUUUUACUUUUCUAUAAUCUGAAGAACCUUUUUUAACCACAAAGAACAGAAAGGUUCUUCAGAUGCUAAAGGUCCUUUAUGGAACCAUUUAGACAAAAUUGGCAGCGUGAAGCACCUUUACUUUUAAGUGUGAAUAUUGUACUGCCGUGUUAAACAAUGACUUGUUCCUGACAUUAAAUCUAACAUACAUAAUGUUUUGUGUGCUUUGCUUAUAGUUAUUUUAGUGAUGUUACAGUAUUAAAUAAACAAACAACAUCUUUAUUUAUCACUACGAAAUGGAGACAAACCAUUUUUCUAACUUGUGAAGACAAUAAAGCCCACUGUGAGAUAUUA